CAUAUUUUACUUUAUAUCUUGCAAUAUGAAUAGGAACAACAGAACGGCCCAGGAUCAGUCUGCAUUGCGUGAGGAAAAGUUGAAAAUAAUUGAAAACAAGAUUGGGGCAAUAGAUUUGUUUGGCGUUGGAAAAGAUUAUGCCCAUUAUUGCAACAUGGCUGAUUUCCCAGAUGAUUCGCAAGCCCUCAGUCAACUACAACAGAGAGGGUAUCUUCAGCCCAGACGAUAGAAGACGGAAUAUCCUACUGAUCUAUAGUUCCUUGGAAAACAGUCAGUACUAGAAAAUUCAAAUGAUUUCCUGACUAUAGCCAGGACAGUUUGAGACCAUUGGCUGUCAAUUCAAUGGAAGUUGCUUACCCGCUACGUACCUGGCCCUAAAUUCAUUUCGGAACUUUUUAUUGAUAUUGUGGACUACAGGAAGCAUUUUAGGAACAUUUUUAUAAAUUUCUUCCGAUCAUUUUCAUGUUGAUUUCUUAAACUACAAACAAAAUGAUACCACAUUCCUUCUAGGAUAAGAUAAUACUUUGAUCUGUUGGCCGAGAUGAUAAUAACAUAGGGCAGAGCUAACAACAUGACAAGGGCUACCGAAAUAAUCGAAUGGCCGUGAAGUUAGCUUGGCAAAGUCAUGCAAGA